AUGCCUGGUGUGCAGGACCUGCUGCUGGUACCAGCGCCGGUGCCACACACUAGAUUGUGCCAGGGGUGCUGUACCUGCCGUGCCAGUGCCGAGUGCCAGCUACCUGGUGCACGGCACCGGGUGCAAGAUGAUGACGCUGAGCAGAGUCUGCUGUACAGUACUUUGUGCACGGUGAUGUCCCGGCGCAUUUACGGCCCUAUCUGGAAGUCAACCUUCGGGCAUUAUGAGAACAUCAACAUCGGGAGCCCAGUGGUGUUGGAGCAGCUGCUACGGCAGGAGGGCAAGUACCCCAUGCGGAGCGACAUGGCCCUGUGGAAGGAGCAUCGGGACACCCGGCGCCUGCCCUAUGGACCCUUCACUGAGGAAGGGGAGCGCUGGUACCGCCUGCGCCAGGUCCUCAACAAGCGGCUGCUGAAGCCCUCGGAGGCCGUGCUGUACGCCGAUGCCAUCGGGGAGGUGGUGUCGGACCUGAUGGUGCGGCUGCGGGACGAGCGGAGCCGCAGCCCCUCGGGGGUACUGGUUGGGGACGUGGCCAACCUGCUUUACCGCUUUGCCCUGGAAGGAAUCUCCUAUAUCCUCUUCGAGACCCGCAUUGGGUGCCUGAAGCAGCAGGUCCCUGCCGAGACUCAGCGUUUCAUCGACUCCAUCAACCUCAUGUUCAAGAACUCCAUCUUCGCCACUGUCCUGCCCCGAUGGAGCCGCAAGGUCCUGCCCUUCUGGGACCGCUACCUGGACAGCUGGGACACCAUCUUUGCCUUUGGCAAGACCCUGAUUGACCGAAAGAUGGAGGAGCUGGAGGGGCAGGUAGAGAGGGGCAAGGAGGUAUCUGGCUACCUGAGCUACCUGCUGGCCAGUGGCAGGCUCAGCUUGGACGAGGUCUACGGCAGCGUGGCCGAGCUGCUGCUGGCUGGCGUGGACACGACCUCCAACACUCUGUCCUGGGCCCUGUACCACCUCUCCCGGGAUCUGGAUAUCCAGGAGGCCCUGUACCAGGAGCUGAAAGCUGUUGUGCCUGCUGACCGGUUUCCUGGUGCUGAGGAUAUCCCUAAGAUGCCAAUGCUUCGGGCCAUUAUCAAGGAGACGCUGAGGGUCUACCCCGUGGUGCCCACCAAUGCCAGGGUCUUCUAUGAGAAGGACAUUGUCAUUGGAGACUACCUCUUCCCCAAGAACACCCUCUUUGUCCUGGCACACUAUGCCAUGUCCCAUGACGAGACCUACUUCCCUGAGCCCGAGCGGUUCCUGCCCCAGCGCUGGCUCCGGGGCCAUGGUUCCCCCCACCACCCCUUCAGCUCCAUCCCCUUUGGCUACGGGGUCCGUGCCUGCGUCGGCCGCCGCAUCGCUGAGCUGGAGAUGCACCUGGCCCUCGCCAGGAUCAUCCAGGCGUUUGAGGUGCGGCCAGACCCCCGUGGCGUGGUGGUGACGUCUGUGUCCCGCAUCGUCCUGGUGGCUGACAAGCCCAUCAACCUGGAGUUCAUUGCUCGCCCAGGGGCCCCCUGA